ACUAUUUAAAAAAUCAUGAAAGCUAAGUUUGGAAGUUGUUUCUUUAUACCACUUGUUCUAUAGUUGACUUUUCUCAGUAGCACUUAAAUCCUAAACAUCAGAGAUCAGCUUGUCUGCAUUGUCCAAACAGAGGCAGAAUAUAUGUAACCAGAUCGCAAUAAUAUUGCAUAGCUAAAAGUCUUCUAAAUCAAAUUACAGCUGUUAAGUAUGGAUUGUUUUGUUUCUAAUCUAUUAUCCUGGAAUCGUGUGGCUUACAUCUUUCUCACUGAAUAUACAAGCCAUUAGUUUAAAAAGAUUUGGAGCUGCGAUAGCUCCAAGCUGCAGGCAAACCCUUUUUAAGUGGUUUUAUUACAGCCUGUUUGCUUCUCCCGCAGAAAGGGAGGUGGCUGCUGUAAACACCAGGAUAAGUUGGUGUCACGCUGCUCUUGUAGCAUGUGACAGCCGGGUUCCCGGGACUGUCCUAUCCUGUUUCAGGUCUUGCAGUUCAGCGCUUCCAGCAAAUGUUCUCUUCUCGUUCUUAACUCACACAUGGGAAUCAAACUAAACAAAUUACCUGUCCCGAAUAGGAAGCAAAUUUCUUGCAGAAAGUCAGUUAAAUAGCUAGACAAGAAAGUGCAGUAGCUGCGGAGUAUCUCAGGUAUCAUGAGCAGUUUGUUCUUAUAGUUGGUAUUCUGCAAUGAGUCUGCUGGUUCUGUGCAGGUGGGGUGGGAGCAAACUGAGCACACAAACCCUCCCUGCUGCGCCGAGGUACUGUUCCUGAAAAGAAGAGGAAACAUGGUUUACACGGUGAAUGAAGCUUAAAUUCCUGGACCAAAAACUGAGGGCUUGUUUUCAUGAAGGAUGGCAACACCAUAUGUUCCUGUUCCUAUUCCCAUUGGAAGUUCAUCAUCCAGCUUUACAAACAGAAACCAAAGAAGUUCUUCCUUCGGGAGCAUUUCAACAAGCUCAAGCUCCUCAAAAGGACAGCUGGAGGACUCUACAGCUGAUAGUUUUAAAAAGAUGAGCGUGCCUGACCAGAUUGGUUCCACAUCAUCUGCAUGUAGCAGUCCCCUUGUUAGGACUAAGUUUACAGGUCUGGAUACGUCCAUAGAAUACAGUACUCAGCCUGUAGAAGAAACAGAGCAGAAUGAAGAUUCCAGGACCUGGGAGGAUCGACCAUCCACACCUACUAUUCUGGGCUAUGAGGUGAUGGAGGAGAGGGCAAAAUUCACUGUAUACAAAAUACUGGUGAAAAGAAGUCCAGAGGAAAGCUGGGUGGUUUUCAGACGGUACACAGAUUUCUCCAGGCUUAAUGACAAGCUGAAAGAUAUGUUUCCAGGCUUUCGGUUGGCCCUUCCACCCAAGCGCUGGUUCAAGGAUAAUUACAAUCAUGACUUCUUGGAAGAUCGACAGCUGGGGUUGCAGGCAUUCCUCCAGAACCUAGUAGCUCACAAAGAUAUUGCUAACUGCCUUGCAGUGAGAGAAUUUCUUUGUCUGGAUGAUCCUCCGGGUCCUUUUGACAGUCUAGAAGAAAGCAGGGCUUUCUGUGAAACUCUGGAGGAAACAAAUUAUCGCCUACAAAAAGAACUGCUUGAAAAACAAAGGGAGGUUGAAUCACUGAAGAAAUUAUUAACUGAAAAGCAACUUCAUAUUGAUGCUGUUGAAAGAAGAAUUAGGGAUUUAUCUUUAGGAAAAAUGACUCGUCAAAUGUCAGGAGAAGAAAGUGAGUGCAGUGGUGAGGUGGAGUCUUCUGCAGUAGAAGCAGACCAGGGUACCCUGGGUGAGGACAGCUGCUCAGACAAAGAGAACCAUGAGCCAUGCUGGAGUGGCUCUUUGGCUGGAAAUUCUGUCCCAGAGAUUGAAGUUGCUGAAGUAGCCUAUACCACGGAUGAAGAAUAGCUGAGCAGCAGCAGCUGUUACCUGGGAAAGGUUCAUGUUAAGAGUGUGUCUGUGGGUAGGAUCAUAGAGUAGCUGUGAAGAAUUCACAGCAAAGAGCAAGAAUGCACAUAUUGAAUGUUUACAUAAAUCCUUACAAAUUAUUAAUGUAAGAAAUAUAUCCAGUGCUGCUUUGAUUUCAGUUUGUAUCUAGCCUUUAUAUAUUUAAUAUAUUGAAGUCUAAUAAGGGCUAAAAUCAGCUAAAGUUUAGGUAGUGUGUAUAUACACAAUUUGGCUGACUUUCCUAGCAGAAUGACAAAAGUUUCGCAUUCAAUCAUGGAACACAUCUAACUCAUAUGUCAUAUAUUGCCACUGUUGUGACACAUUUGAUGUGUUCAUCUGUUUGGUAUUUGUGUUUUCUUAUAGCCAUAAAAUAAUGCUUGCUAAAGUAAAAAUGGACUCGUUUGUAUAGGAAUGGAGAAAAUGUUUGUUUUCAAUUCUAAAAUUGAAGAAAGCUUCUCUGGAAGUUUUAUGCAAUGCAACAGGAAAACUUCCAGUACCAAGAGAAAAGCAGUUACACAAUGGGAUCAUAGUUGGACGUUGACAAAUGGUCAUUUUUGCUGAAAGAACUGAUCUGAGACCCCCAAAACACUGUGUAUUUUCAUCCCAAGAUAGCAUGCUGUAAUACUUUUUGUUCAGUAAUGCUGCUUUGAAAAUCUGGGAUAUCUUUGUUAUAUACUUGUAACAUGUAACAACAAAAUCUGUAAAUUUGCCUUUUACUCAGAACACUACCUCUUACCACCUUGCUAAUGCAUUCUUGUUUGUUUAAAAAUAUUCCAGAUUAUAUGGAGGCUAUUGAAAGACUUGUAAAGAAGCCAUAUUUUUUCCUGCACAGUUCAUAACUAGAUUGAAUCUAGUUUCAGUGUAUUUUUGUUUCAAUAUAUUGUACACAUGGGGAUGUUGGUACCUAUGUUGUAUAGCCUAUUUUUCAAAAUGUAUUAAGACAGGAUAUGCACUUUAUAAUUAAGACUCCAUUGUGCCAAGUUCAGUUGGCUAAUUGGUUGAGAAAUGGGAGUUCCAGGGAGAGGAUUAUGUAGUGCCUUUUUGUAUUUUACUUGUUCAUUACUGCAGAAUUUUGUUACAGUGCUCUGGGUCAGUUCUGUGGAAUCUUUGAUACAGCAUUUUUCUGUUCUUCACUUAUUUACUGAAAGUGCCUUGUUUUUAUUAUGCUUUUCCAAUAGAAAGAAUGCUGUUUUGUUUUUGGUUUUGUUUGGUUUUUGGUUUUUUUUGCCCUAUACCACCCACAUCGUUGUUUAAUGUUGUCAAUAUGCAGUGUCUUUGUGCUGGAGUUUUCAAAGGGAGCUUUGUACUUCAGGCUAUGCAUACAAUGACCUUUAUGCAGAACUGUAUAAACCUUCCUGGUGAAAUAAAACUAUGGACAAAA